CAACACUUGCAGUUUGCACGUUUUUGGAUUUCUUUUGAAAAUGAUAAGACAGCGGGUGAAUUCAUAACAUAACCACAGGCCAGCCCAGAACAAACAUUCAUAAUACAAAUCAAUUUUAACAUAGAGACACAAACACUAAAUAACUAGUAACUAGAAAAAAGAUAAGCUAAACAUUUAAAUUCAAAAUUUUAUCAAGUAAAUUUACAAAAUUGAACAAAUGUGACAUUAUUGUGUGUAAGUGUGUGUGUGUUGGAAUUAAAUAGAAACGAAACAACAAAAUAAUCAGCCAUUGACUGUCCACUGCCUUGCCCUGGCCCCCCGCCUCGUUUUCACCAUCCGCCACCGCACUGAACCGGCGGCGCGUCUGUUAUGCAAGUAGCAGCAGCAGCAGCAGUCGCAGUCGCAGCACUCGCAGUAGCAGAGGAACAAUUGAAUUAGCCGGCAUGCUAUUCAAUCGAUUUAUCUUAGCCAUCAAAAAUCAGUCCAGAGAGACUUUACGGGCCUGGAGCUAUCAAUGUGAAUCGAUAUUGGCCCAACGCUCGCGUCGCAUCCAACAGUUGUUGUGCUUCUAUCAAUCGGUCUAUGGCACUCAAGGUCUGAAGCAACUAUGGCGAGCCUAUUACCGGCGUGAAUUGCAGCAGCCACUCCGGGGCAUUAUGCUCAGUGCCGUUGGUGUUGUGGGCUUGAAUAUCAAGCAGCUCGGCAGCGAUGGCUUUGAUUGGAAUAAGGAACGCCUGGCGCUGGCCAAUUUCGAUGUAUGCCAUCGUGAUAUUGAGUUUAUCAAUACCCUGGCUAAGAAUCAAUUAUGCGAACGCUGCCAGGCUAAAAAAAUGAAAUAUUGUUAUUGUUUGCUGGGCAAUCAACGUUGCCGUAAAAAUGGUACACCAGUUCCCGCAAAUUCCCCUCAAAGCUCAUCCCCUUCAUCGCCCAAAACGCCUACGUCCAAAAAGAUGCCGGCAUCUGCAGCCGAGACUGACAAGGAGGAGAGCAUACGAAAUUGUCAUACGCCAUUAGAUUUAGAUGCUCGCGGUGCUCCAGCCGGUACAGUGCGAAUCCAGGCUCAGGAUGAAAAGAAAUGGGAACCAUACUUUAGUAAAAACGAGUUUAGCAUUUGGCGGAGAGAAGAGCGAACGUCUAUGUACUCCUAUAAGGUAUAUGCCCGAUUUGAUGACAUCACUGCCGAUGAUUUUCUACAUGUGCAAACCGACUUGGAUUAUCGCCGUCAAUGGGAUGAUACGGCCCUGAGACUGGAGCUUAUCAGUGAAGAUCCUGUACCGGGAAGCAAUUCACAUUUGAUAUAUUGGGAAAUGCAAUGGCCACGUCUAUUUGCGAAUCGUGAUUAUGUCUAUUGCCGACGUUAUAUCAAGGAUGAAAACAAAAAGGUCAUACUCAUAUGCAAUCGUGGCGCCAAGCAUAAGACAUAUCCCGCCAUAUCGGGCAAGGUGCGCGUAACCGACUAUUGGAGUGUGAUGGUUAUCAAACCGUUUCGUGGAUUUCAUGAGCCCGGACUACAUUUCAUACUUACCUACUAUGAUGAUCCUGGUGUGCCCAUACCACAGAAUAUUAAAUCCUGGGUUACCCAGAAACAAAUGCCCGAGUUCCUAACUAAAAUGUAUGUGGCCACCAAAAAUUAUGCCUGCUCGCGGGCGAUCAAAAUGAAGGAUAUGUUCAAUAGCUUUACCCUAAUCAAUGAUGAGUAUACGGCCAAUGAUCAGCGUGGCAGUUGGCUAGGAAGGCUCAGUCGCAACGGGCACGCAAAGUUUAGCCGAGGCGAGAAUGGAACAGAACGUUGAAGGU